AUGGAGCGGGUGUGGAGACGUGUACAAGGUGCCGGGCGUCGCAGUGCCACAGCUCGCUGUGGUUGCCCUGUACAGCCUUGUCAGCUGCACGUGGACCAACGCGCGAAACGAGGAGGUGGACGGAAAUCUCGUGGUGGACCGCAGACAAUUGUGUGUGGUUGUCAAGUGCAGCCAUGUCCGGUACAUCCUGUACUAAUAAGGGUUCGUCGUACUCGACCCGGGGUUGGCAACUGUGACUGUCCACCGGAAUCACAACCUUGUCCGCAUGUAGCACGUACAUCGGCUGUACGACGGAUUCGAAGAUGUGACUGUCCGGAGCGGCCUUGUCGACACUCGGCGGCAGGCGGUGGUACGCGGCAUCGAGUGUCGGUGCAACCCUCUUCACCUACUUUCUCUCAAGCGAGCCAGUCGAAUCAACAGCAACAGCAGCAGCAGCAGCCGUGCGAGUGCGCCGAAAGAAUAAACUGCACCCACACAGGCGGCGGCGGCGGCGAGUGCGAGUGCGGCGAGGAAGCAAAGCCGUGCUCGCACACGGUCAGGCAACGCCGGUCCCGUCGCACGUGCGAUUGCAGUGGAAGCGGAUCGCAACCGUGCAGCCAUAAACCGCAGCACGAGGGUAGAAUAAAGCGUGUUAAGUGUCGCGUGAGGCGCGCCGGUUGCGCUAUGGCCAGGUGCACAGCGGAACUCGCAAUGCUGCACCUCCACUGGGGUCUCGCCACCGAAUGUGCCCCCUGCAGACCGCGUGCACUCACGCGACGGCUGUGCAGGAGGCAGCAGAGCGACAACGAGCUCUACAGGAGCAACAGUUUCAAAUUUGAACGGUUCGAGAGGAGCAAGGAGGAAUGCGCGACCCCUCUACGGAAACAGUGGUCGAAGAUAUCGUACAUUAAAGAAACUAGUAUUUUAAACUUUUAUUGUGCAAAACGUGUCCUCAGGCGAGAGGAAGAUGAAGAUUGCACCUGUGAUGGUAUAUCGGAUAAGACGCUUCCAGGGAUUCUAUCCCUGAAAAGAGAAUUUAAAUUGAAGCAAGAUGGAGUUACACCAAGUUCGUGA